AUGCUAAGCUGCGCCUCCCCCGCCGGCAUGCCGCCCGCGCCACACGCUCAAGCCUGGGCCUCCCUGAUGCAACAGCCAGUCAUUAAAACGGAACCUAUGGAGGAAGGUAGCUUCUCAAAAGAACAAACAAGCGGCUUCUAUUCAGAAGGAUUCCACAGUGCCUCUCCAUCAUCUUCAAGCAAAGAUUCCAAUGGCCACUCUCCUCGUAGCGUUGGAAGCUCUGGUGAUCCUUCACCAUACUACGACAAUAUGUCAUUAAAAGCUAAAGCGAAUCUAGGAAUGCAUUUGGAGUCUUAUCGUAAUGGCUUACCAUACAGUCUUCUAACACCACCUGGCUUUGAACAUAGAAACAAUGAAGAAUGCGAGCCAUCUCCAUAUGACGCGUAUUCUCCACGUUCACUCGCACCGCCAGCUCACAUUUCUACACCUUUAGCACGAAAUGAUGCUACGCCUCCGAAGUCGCCACCUAGAACACCUUCUUCUCCUGAAAGAGAUCAUGAGAGACGUUUCGAUAGAUUUCAUGACUCUGGGUUCGAUGGCAUGGGCCAAAAUAAGCCUGAAGCUGAUGACGGUCGAGAUGGAUCAGGCCUAGAAGAAGAUUUCGAUGAUGAACCAGGUCUUCGUGUGCCAGCAGUUAACUCUCAUGGAAAAGUGAAAACUUUCAAAUGCAAACAGUGUGAGUUUGUAGCAGUUACAAAGCUCAGCUUCUGGGAACACAGUAAAGAACACAUUAAGCCUGAAAAAAUGCUUACUUGCAGAAAGUGUCCAUUUGUAACCGAAUAUAAACACCACCUUGAAUAUCACAUGAGGAAUCAUAUGGGAUCGAAACCAUUCCAAUGCACUCAAUGCUCUUACUCUUGUGUAAAUAAAUCAAUGUUGAAUUCCCACUUAAAAUCGCAUUCGAAUAUUUAUCAAUAUAGAUGCGCUGAUUGUAACUACGCUACAAAGUACUGCCACUCUCUCAAGUUGCAUUUACGCAAGUAUAAACAUAAUCCAGCCAUGGUAUUGAACAUGGAUGGAACUCCAAACCCUCUCCCAAUAAUCGAUGUUUAUGGCACCCGUCGAGGCCCAAAACAAAAGCCAAUGAUGAAAAUGUAUGAACAACAGCAGCAAAUUAAUAAUAAUGUGAAACAUCAGUCUCCACAGUCGCACCCUCUCUUUGGAAGUCACUUUCCUGUCAACCUGCCAUAUUUACCUCCACUUCUACCUCACUCAUUUCUGUUCCCACCGAAUAACAAUUACGAACAGAAUGCUUCACCAAAAGUUAGUGAGAUGCCUCCGGAAAAGGCGCCGUCUCCUCAAUCAAUACUACAAAAGCGGUUGUCCUACGGUGAAAUUCCAGAAACAAAUGUAACACCACCGCCUACUAAAUCGCCAGUAAGCCUUCCCCAAACGCCAACUCCCUCUAGACCUAUGCACUCUCCCCCACAAGGAAAUGAUGCUCUUGACCUGACAAACACUAAAACUAGUGAAGCGGGAUCACCACCUCCCACAGAACGUCCAGCACCUGUCACGCCCACUACUUUAAAGAACAGAAGAAAAGGUCGUGCGUUUAAAUUGCAACCAGCGGCUUUGAGACUUCAACACGAAGAUAGCAAAGUUGAACCAGAAGGCUCCGGUGAGGAAUCUGAUGCAUCAGAACAAACAACAGUCCCCGCAGCAUACUCUUGCCAAUACUGUGACAUUACUUUCGGAGAUCUCACCAUGCACACUAUACACAUGGGAUUCCAUGGCUACAAUGAUCCGUUUAUGUGUAACAAAUGUGGGGAAAGAAGUCCGGAUCGCGUUGCAUUCUUCAUCCACCUCGGUCGCGCUCAACAUGCG